AUGGCUCUUUGUAUCUUCUCCGUCGCCCUCUUCUCUGCCUCUCCCAUCUCGACUUCCAUCUCCCUCCACUCCCCCCUCAACCGCAUCAACUUCAUCUUCGCCGGCUUCUUCCUUCUCUCCGUUCCCCCGAAGCCCCCCCAGCUCCAGCCCCACCAACAACUCCAGCCCGAUCCCAAAGUCUUCCGAAACGGGGGAUUUGGAGAUCGCUGUGCUGAGGGGCUGGGUGUGGAGUUGGACUUUGCUGCUGCGGAGGAGGAGGAGGAGGAGGAGGAAGAAGAGGGAAAGGAGUAG